UCCUUAAAUUGAGCUACGACCAUAGAAUAACGUUAGGGAUAUAUUGAGUACCGCGGUGUAUAGGGAAGACAAUAUGGCUUCCAUGUUUGGAAAGAAUAGCAGUUUCCUGUUGCCGAUUUGUAUGUCAUUAAUUUGUUUUAAUAAGGUAUUAUCAAGCAAUCUUCACACAACGGACAGAUGUGUUAUGUAUGGCGAGUGCGGUAUAAAUCCAGAAACCGGCUUACAAUCGAACUGUGAAUACAACGGCCCACCAAAAUUGCUUACCGAUCCAGCAGGUCUUUUACUCCUGCAAGACUUAUGCCCAAAAUUAGCGUCUGCCCGACCUUAUACCUGCUGUGCUAAGGAACAACUGCAGACAUUACUGAUCAGCAUUCGCUUCAUUCAACAGGCCAUGCAGCGAUGCCCUGCUUGUGUAGAAAACUUUGUUAGCAUGUACUGUGAUAUGACGUGCAAUCCGAACCAAUCACUGUAUAUGAACGUUACAAGAUCAUACAAUGUGUCCGGCUACGCCACAUCAACUGUUGCCGAACUAUACUAUUUCAUGACGCGCGAGUAUGCAGACGGUACAUUCGAUUCUUGCAAGAACGUCCAAUUUCCAAGCGCGAACAUCAGGGUGAUCGAUUUAAUGUGCGAUGGUGUGCCUGCUGACCAAUGCACACCAGAAAUAUGGCUAGGGUACCUUGGAACCAUUGACAACGGCUAUGCUCCGUUCCAGAUUACGUAUAGAAUCGACGAUGUUACUGAGGAAGAGGCUAGUAAAGGUAUCGAGCCUUUGGACGAGUAUACUUAUUCUUGCAAGGAGCCGGUUGGCAACUCUACUGCCUGCAGUUGUCAGGAUUGUCCAAUAGUUUGCUCCGUCAAGAACCCCACAAUUGCGCCAACACCAGAACCAUGGGAGGUUGGUGAAAUCUCGGGAUUCACCUUCACAGUAAUAAUGUUUUGUAUUAUUCUGUCUUCAUUGUUUAUUGUAUUUUUUAUAAUGCACGAGCGUUUUAAACUUAAAGAACAAAACGCCAUUGAUGAUAAUCCGGAAUAUAAUACAUUUAAAACAGAAAAGAUAUCACCUAUAUUGACAGAAAAUGACAUAAACAUGUUUGAGAAAGGUGGUAAAAAGGUCGACGACGUUCUGAAACGUGUGUUCACAUCUCUGGGCGUAUGGUGUGCACGACAUCCGUACAUUGUUAUUUUCUUAUCCAUCGUGUUCAUCGUAGCCUGCUCUUGUGGAAACUUAAUGCUUGCUAUAACCACCGAUCCAGUCGAACUUUGGUCUGCUCCUGACAGUCAGUCCCGAUGGGAGAAGGACUAUUAUGACCAGGCUUUUAUGCCAUUCUACAGGACGGAGCAGCUGAUCAUUACGGCUCCUAACAGAACUUCCACCAUCCAUGAAACUUGGAAUGAAGGUCCCGUAGAGUUUGGACCAGUGAUGGAUAAAGAUAUCUUAGAGCAGAUACUAGAGCUACAAGAAUAUAUCACUUAUAUGAAAGUACCGUUCACGUAUAAAGGCGUUACAAAGGACAUCAGUCUCAGCGAUAUUUGCUUCAAACCCGUCAAUGACAAAUGCACCAUUACCAGUUCUUUGCAAUAUUGGCAGAACGAUCUGGGACGCCUUAACCAGGAAACCGUUGGUACAAACGGAAGGGUUGCGGACUAUCACGAUCACUUUUUGUACUGUAUGAGAGCCCCCCUUUCGGUGGUAGACACUACACCGUUGGCAUUACCUUGUUUAAGCGAAUUUGGUGGACCAUCGUUACCUUACGUGAUUGUCGGUGGAUUUAAUGUGACCAAUGGUACCGAGGAAUACAACACCGGGCAGGCUCACAGUCUUACGUUCGUGGUGUUGAACAAAAAAGACGAAGAUGAACACUAUCAAAUGUCGUUAACAUGGGAAUCAGCUUACUUGGAAUACAUGAAGAAUUAUAAGAAUGAAAAUCUGACCAUAGCAUAUUAUGCAGAGCGUUCAAUUGAAGAUGAAAUUGUGCGAUCUAGCCAAGCCGAUGUCGUUACUAUAGUUGUUAGUUAUAUUGUCAUUUUCGCAUACAUCGCUCUCGCCCUUGGUGAAUUUAGUCGGUGUGACAGAAUUCUUAUUGACUCAAAAAUAACACUAGGGUUAGGUGGUGUGCUUAUGAUUCUUAUGUGUGUGUUCGCUUCAACUGGUAUAUAUGGCUAUUUCGGAGUCGCGACUACGUUGAUCAUUAUUGAGGUUGUACCGUUUCUUAUCCUGGCCAUCGGAGCAGACAACAUGUUUAUCCUCGUUUUAGAUUUCCAGAGGAGUAAGAGGGGAGAGAAGGAGUCUUUAGAAGAGCAUAUUGGAAGAGUACUUGGUGAAGUAGGACCCAGUAUGCUAAUGUGUGGCCUAUCUGAAUCGAUCGCCUUCUUCCUCGGAGCGUUAACGGAAAUGCCCGCUGUUCGAACAUUUGCCUUGUAUGCUGGAAUGGCCGUCCUCAUCGACUUUGCGCUGCAAGUCACAGCAUUUGUUGCUCUUCUCACUUUAGAUUGCAGGCGCCAAGAAAGUAAUCGAUAUGAUAUUUGCUGCUUUAUCCGGGAUAAGAAAAAUGAACCACCAAAGAGAGAACUUGGUUUCCUGCAACAAUUCAUGGCAUCGCAUUACGCUCCGUUUAUUGUUAAGAAAUGGGUUCGACUUGUUGUUAUGAUAUUUUUCUUAACAUUUACUUGUGUUUGUCUGGUGUUUAUGGCAAAACUUCCUGUCGGUCUAGAUCAAGAUAUAGCUAUGCCAAAGGAUUCAUACGUAAUUGACUAUUUCAAUGGACUCGCGAAGUACCUAAGUGUUGGUCCCCCAGUGUACUUUGUUACGACUGAUGGAUACAAUUACACCUCGACAAAAGGCCAGAAUAAGGUUUGCGGAGGCUCUGGCUGUGAUGAAGAUUCUCUUACUCAACAAAUAUAUUUUGCUUCUAAAAUCAAAGAACACACAACGAUCGCUUAUCCCGCAGCAUCAUGGAUUGAUGACUACCUGGAUUGGAUAACGCCUAACAUCGGUCAAAGUUCUUGCUGUAGAACGUAUACUGAUAACUUUUUGAACCCUUACCGCGAUAAAGCCGGCGAGUUUUGUUCGGCAUCAGUUGAAGAAACUUUUCCUGUCUGUAGUAGUUGUUUACCUUUGACGUCACGAGGUGAACGACCCCAAAAUGAUGAAUUCAUGGAAUUCCUUCCAUUUUUCUUACAAGACAUUCCCACCGAUAUUUGCAGUAAAGGAGGGCGCGCCGCAUACGGCGAUGCAGUCGAUAUUGUGAACAACACGGGUGAGAAUGAAAUUCGAGCAACAUACUUUAUGACCUACCACACAAUCUUGAAAACCUCACAAGAGUUUACGAAUGGUCUACGUCAAGCGAGGGCGCUAUGUGAGUCCAUCGAGAAGUCGAUGAGAGAGGAUCUUGAACUCGGACCGGACUUCAAAGUGUUCGCGUACAGUCUGUUCUAUGUGUAUUAUGAGCAGUACCUUGAUAUGGUAGAGAUCGCUGUUUUCAACAUUUGUAUUUCUCUAGUGCCAAUCUUCCUGGUUAGUUUUCUAAUGCUGGGAUUUGACGUAAUAUCCGCCCUCAUCAUCAUUAUCAAUAUCUUGAUGAUCGUCUUCGACACGCUUGGUAUUAUGUAUUUCUGGAACAUCGACUUCAACGCUAUCUCAUUAGUCAACUUAACUAUGGCCGUUGGUAUUUCGGUGGAAUUUAUUUCACACAUUGUAAGAAAAUUCAGAACCUGUACUUUACCAACAAGAAAAAAGCGAGCCCAGGAGGCAUUAGCAACUACUGGAAGUUCUGUUCUUAGUGGUGUGGCUAUGACAAAUUUACCAGGGAUCGUUGUUUUAGCAUUCGCAAAAUCUCAACUUUUCAAUAUAUAUUACUUCCGAAUGUUCUUUACAAUAACUAUUGUCGGAACAUUCCAUGGUCUUGUCUUUCUUCCCGUAUUACUAAGUUAUAUAGGACCUCCAAUCAAUAAAGCAAAACUUUUUGAAGAGCAACAGGAAAAACAGAAACAGAAAAAGGUUGACUGCAAAGUGGACGUAAUUUCCGGCCAUGACAAUCCAGUAAUGACUUCUGACGAAGCUACCACGAUGACAACAGACAGUCCAUAUGAAGAAAUUGGUGUUCACAAGAAAGAACAUAACAUCGCUUUGGAUAAUGAUGAUAUAACGAAGUUUUAAUAAAUUUACACUGUAUAGUUUUUCUGUUACAAGCCAAAAUGUUAGAAGAAGAAAUGUCGCCAGUAUAAUUAUUAUUAUUAUUAUUAUUAAAGUUAGCCAUCUUUCUUUGAAAGACAAUUGACCAGAUAGACGCCGCUGUCUUACUGAUUAGUAGUCACCGAACGAAACAAACACAGCAAGGCAAAGCAUGAUGUGUAGCUUCGAGAGGGAGGAAUCAUCAACUGAGUUCGGGACAGGGCUACUUUCACAAGCGAAUGUAUGCAGACAAAUCACCGGCUAGCUCGAUGUAGCAGUACAUGUGAUGUAUGCGAGCCACUUUACUAUCCAAAACAUUAAUAAUUUGUUAGCAUUUUUUGUAAGGCUUGAAAUCUAAAACCCUCACAAUGGUCUUGAUUUUGAAUACCGGUCGAGACAGUACAUUUUUUCUUUAAAAAUGUAUUAUCAUCUUUAAUGAGAUGUUUAUAAUAGAAUUAUUUUAAUAUUUAUCUUAGUCAACAUUUUUAUCUUUAUAACAACUGCUUAAAACUAAGCUAAAUAUGUUAGUAUUCUCAAAUUAAUUAAUUUUCUUUAGAAACUUUGUAUUAUAUGAUGGCUGUGAUUGGUCAGUCAGUACCACAUGAAACGUUAUAUAAAAUUGUUAACGUACCUGUAUACAACAAUCUGUGUAUACCAUUCAUAAUAUCGACUACAGUAUUUCGCUAAGCUCCGCCCCUUGGAUGAAAUUUGCUAAAGGUCCCAUAAAACGACAAGUUUGUCUCUGCUUUGAUUGGUCAGUUGGCAAAUUCGAUGACAUUCCGGAAAUGUUCAUUAUUUACUAGGUUGAAUAAAUAACUUUAUUGUCUGUGUGUGUGUUUUGAACACACAAUUGCCUCUUUUUACUAAGUUACCUCAAAUGUUCGUCACAAAAUCAAAUGGAGACUAGAACCCAUGAUGUGUGUACGGAUGGUUCAUUGUGAUAUGAUGCUUUUAUUUUUGGCGGGCUAGUAUUUACAUUUGUACGGCGACGAUUUAUACAAACUAUCAGUCUGUUGUUUUAGCAACCCUAUUCAAAAUGUAAACACAUAUAUACCUUCUAUAAAUAUGUUAUAAUGUUGUUUAGUUUUAUAUGUACAGGCCUAUGUUUAGCCUGGGUUCCAGGCCUUUUUGCGUUACUCACUCUUUAUUGCACUUAGUGCACGCCAUACCUAAUUUAAUUGGCGUCCCAUACUCGAUUUUUUUUCGGAUUUGGUCUCCAAAUUAACUUUCUCGUUGGUGGCGCUGUCCAGAAUGAGAAAAAUAAUAAAAAUAAAGAGGGUUGUGCGUGUAGCCUAUGAUGUAUUAUAGGCCUAGUAUGGUUUUCCCAUUCGACGAGGAUAAAAGGCAUUAUAAUCUGCUGAAUUCGGUUGACCCACUUGAACAGGGAGGUAUAAAAUACCUCCCUGCUUGAAGUUUGAAACAAAAAGUUGUUUUAAUGAUAUUCAUUUUUAAGAUUUGAGUAGGCCUAUGUAUAACCGUCCAGUUAUCUAAAUAACAAUAUGUAGGCCUAAGGCAGUAUUAUACGGUAGAAAAUUAUAUAAUUGCACACGAUUUUAUUGAUAAUAUUAAUAAGGACACUCUUAACACCGGCUCGACUACCGGUUUAACAAUUUGUAAAUAUAAAUGCGCGUGAUAUUUUACUUUGAAAAUAUCAAAACAUUACCGGGUAAUUACGCUAUUUUGUCCGUAGAGGCCAGUACAAUACAAAUGUAUACCGUCUAAAAAAUAUAGAUUAUUUUGUACUUUAAAAAAGAGAAAAUAUCGUUCUCAACAGUUAUCAGAAGCAUAAUGCUAUGACAGUGUUCCAGUAUUUUGCUUUUUAGUGAAUCAGGGAUUUGUUACAACUCCUCUCUAAUAGCUUAAAACAUUUUUACCGGAUAGUAAAAAAAUCAUGAAUUGUGUAUAAAACGUUUGUAGAUCAGUGAUACCAUUUACGUCUUUUGGGAGUUAUCAGUGAAACCAUUUAUGUCUUUUGGAAGUUGAUGAAUUACUUGCUAAUAUUUAAAUAUAUCUUUGAUUAUUUAUGGUUUUAUUUAAGAUUUUAUCAUAGAGAUUAUGGACUUGGCCUACAACAGCCUAUCAACUGUUGGCCUGAAGUAGAUUGUAAACGUUUUGCUGACGAAUUGAUAACUUCGUAUGAAUUAAGACAAAUAGCCCAGUGUGUCGGCGAUGAAAAUAGUUUUACUCGCUGCACCCCUUAGGCUUGUAUGAUAAUACAAUGUAUAGGUAUCCUGAUUUGCCACUGGUAGUGAGAUAGAUAGAAUUUUUAGCUCUCAUUGUGCACAAAUACAUUUUAUACUUGAUUUAUGAUUGAUAAAAAUAUUUGAAAUAACA